CUGGCAACCCCAAAGGCUAAACAAGCGUCGAGAGAAAGGCGUGUAAAGCUCGCACUCACAGAGCAGAGCGCCUUGUUUUGAUAGACAUAAAAAGCAGGCUGCUGUUUAUUUUAUCGGUAGCUUACAGCAGACAUGGAUUGCGGGAUCUUUACAUCGAAGACCGUUCUUUUGUUACUCAGUUUAAUAUUUUGGGCUGCAGGAGUGGCUCUUGCAUAUGUUGGCUCUUAUGUCAUAAGCAGCUACAAGACCUUUGAUGACUUCAGGGUUGACAGUUACACUGUUAUCCCUGCAGUUAUCAUUCUUGUCGUGGCUGUAGUUAUGGUCGUCGUAGGCAUAAUUGGCUGCUGUGCAACUCUGAGGGAGUCUAAAGUUGGCCUAGGCUUUUUCCUACUCAUCAUUUUACUGAUAUUUGCUGCAGAGGUGACUGCCAUUGUGUUUGGGUUCAUCUACAGUAGCAAGAUAAAUGGUGACUUGAGCAAGUCAAUGAGUGAAGUUUUUGAGAAGUACAACGGUGAGAAUUCUGAAACCCGGGCAGUGGAUUACUUGCAGUCUAAGCUGGAAUGUUGUGGGGUGCAAAACUACACCGACUGGCAAAGUUGGCCAUGGUUUAGUUCUCAUAACAAUUCAGUACCAACUUCAUGCUGCAAAGCAAACGUCACUUGCACUGGACAGUUCAACCACCCAGAGCUGCUGAAUACAAAUGGAUGUAGAACUAAACUGGAGCAGUUCCUGGAGAAUGUGCUGACAUAUGCCAUGUUUGUUAUCUUGGGAUUUGCAUUUGUAAAGUUCAUCGGCAUACUCUGCAUUUGUAUGAUCAUCUGCCGAAGCUCCAGAAAUGACUAUCAGCCAUUGUAUUCCUAAAAGGUUCUUGGAAGCACUUCAAGUCCUUCAUUAUAAGGAGAAAAGAAAAGUCUGACAUUCCUCGUAACUUCAGCUGUGACAGUAUGUCACACUUCACCCACACUUUUGUCCCUUUGACUGGUACAGUAUUUUGAGUUUUAUUGUGGUCUUUGAGUAGAAAUGCAAGAAUCUCUCUUGCAUGUAGGAAGUGAACCAUUAAUUGCCAAUCCUUUUGUGAAAGUGCAAAAAAAUGCAGCACUUUUGAAAUUAAUAAUAUUCCUACCUUUUGGGUUGACUAUUGUGCCUUAGAGUGCACCUUACUAUGUGGCUUUGUUUUUUUUCCCCCUUAACUUUCCUGACUCCUCACACUGGCAUGUACUUUCCUAUGAUUUUUUAAAUUCAAACCGUAAAGGGAGUUCUACCAGUUACAUGAACUGACUUCUUAAAUUUAUAAACAUUAAAUGGAUCAUUAUUUGAAGUUUAAAUGGAUAAAAUUUAGUCUGUAGGUGUUUAUGUAAAUGUUCAAAUAUGUAAUGCACUGUAUGUAUUCAAGCUUACUUGAAAUUGAUUUACUAAAUUUUGCUGCAGAAGCUCUUAAGUGUUGGAUCACAUGUUAACUGCUGAGUUUUAUUUGCAUUGACAAUGAAAUAAAGUCUUAAGUGUUUGA